GGGUUUUAUGGGAAAACAUAAAAAACAUGAGAAGGGUGUCAAUUGGGGACAUGCGCACAACAAAGAAACUCCACCUCCAAAUAUAACAGGCACUGCAAGGGGUCGAUAAUUUGAGAGGGGAAGCGCUCUCUCUAGAAUGAGUCUCUCUGGGGAGGAGGAUGGGGAAAGCAGUCCCUCUAGUAUCAGUGAAGAAAUUGAAAAGGAAGCCACUGCUUCUAGAAUGAGUCCCUCAGGGAGUGAGGGAGAAAUAUCCCAUAAAAAUAGUUUUCCUGCAGAACAGGACACUGACAGUCAACUUAAGAGGAUCAAGACAGACCGACCAGUCUCACCUGUACCUAGCUGUGUCUCCAUGAAGAGUGACCAGUCGAUGGGACUUCCUAUUCUCUUUAGGAAAGCAGACCUUUCCACUGAGCAAAGCAGUAUCUCUGAGGAGAAUGACCAGUCAAUGGAUAACCAACCCAGAGGCCCUACUGAUGACAAAGUGUACGCAACUGUUUUCACUAAGACAGAAAUACAGAAGAAAAUGAAAUCCUACUUGAAGAAUAGGACAUAUUCUUUAUUUGAGGGCUUUGAAGAUGCAGGAAAAACGACACCUCUUAACAACAUCUACACAGAGCUCUACAUCACACAAGGUGGAAGUGGAGAGGUCAAUAAUGAACAUGAGGUGACACAGAUUGAGACAGCAUGCAGUUGUCAAGUAGAACAAGAGACAUCAAUCCAACUCAAUGACAUCUUCAAACCCUUACCUGGACAAGACAAGCCUAUCAGAACAGUGCUGACAAAGGGAGUUGCUGGCAUUGGAAAAACAGUGUCUGUGCUGAAGUUCAUGUUGGACUGGGCUGAAGGAAAAGCAAACCAAGACAUCCAGAUCCUCUUUCCACUUCCUUUUCGGGAUCUGAACUUGAUGAGAGAUACAAAUCAAAGUCUAAUAGAACUACUUCAUCACUCCUUUAUAGAAACAAAAGAAUCAGAAAUCUCAGAAAAUGAAAAUGUUGUGUUUGUUUUUGAUGGUCUGGAUGAAUGUCGCCUUCCUCUGGACUUCCAGAAUAAUAAGAUCUGCAGUGAUAUCACAGAGUCAACUUCAGUGGAUGUGUUGCUGACAAACCUCAUCAAAGGGAAUCUGCUUCCCUCUGCUCACAUUUGGAUAACCACCCGACCUGCAGCAGCCAAUCAGAUCCCUCCUGAGUGUGUUGACCAGGUGACAGAGGUACGAGGGUUCAAUGACCCACAGAAGGAUGAGUACUUCAGGAAGAGAAUCAGUGAUGAGGACCUGGCCAGCAGAAUCAUCUCACACAUAGAGACAUCAAGGAGUCUCCACAUCAUGUGCCACAUUCCAGUGUUCUGUUGGAUUUCAGCCACUGUCCUAGAGAGACUAUUGGUUGAAGCAGAGAAUCGCGAGAUCCCCAAGAAUCUGACUCAAAUGUACGCUCACCUCAUGAUCUUCCAGUCAAAACUGAGGAGUCAGAAGUAUCCUGUAGAGCAUGCCAACAAUUCUCACUGGGAUAAAGAGAUGACUCUGGCACUGGGAAAGCUGGCUUUUCAACAGCUAGAAAAAGGCCAUCUGAUAUUCUAUGAGGAAGACCUGAGCGAGUGUGGCAUUGAUGUCAAGGAUGCGUCAGUGUACUCUGGAGUGUGCACUCAGAUCUUCAGAGAAGAGUCUGGGCUUAACCAGAUAAAGGUGUACUGCUUUGUCCAUCUGAGUAUCCAGGAGUUUCUGGCUGCACUAUAUGUGUUUCUCAUGUUUACUAAUGACAACAACAAUCUGAUGGCUAAAGAGAAAUCCCUCCGCAACAAAAGCAGUCUAUAUGAAGAUGCAGUGGACCAUGCCUUGCAGUUUGAAAAUGGCCAUCUGGACCUUUUCCUCCGCUUCCUUCUAGGCCUUUCACUGCAGUCCAAUCAGCAUCUCCUACAAGGCCUACUGUCACCAACAGGAAGCGGCUCACAGAGCAACAAGGAAACAGUCAGGUACAUCAAGGAGAAGAUCAGAAAGAAACUCCCUCUGCAGAGGUGCAUCAAUCUGUUCCACUGUCUGAAUGAACUGAAUGACCAUUCUCUAGUGGAGGAGAUCCAAAGCUUCCUGAGAUCAGGAAGUAUCUCAGAAGUCAAACUCUCACCUGCACAAUGGUCAGCUCUCAUCUUUGUGUUGCUGACUUCAGAAAAGGAGCUGGAUGUGUUUGACCUGAAGAAACACAUCAGAUCAGAUGCGGCUCUUCUCAAACUUCUCCCAGUUGUCAAAUCCUCUAGAACAGCCCUGCUGAACGAAUGUAAACUCACCAAGAAAAGCUGUGAGGCAAUAGCUUCUGUUCUCAAAUCAAACUCAUGCUGUCUGAGAGUGCUGGACAUGAGUGGCAAUAAACUCCAGGAUUCAGGAGUGAAGCUGCUCUCUGCUGGACUGGAGGAUUCACACUGUAAACUGGAGACAUUGAAGCUGGCAGGCUGCAGCAUCACAGAGGAAGGCUGUACUUAUCUGGCUUCAGCUCUGAGGUCAAACCCCUCACACUUGAAAGAGCUGGACCUGAGUGGAAAUACUCCAGGAGACUCUGGAGUAAAGCUGCUCUCUUCUGUACAAGAGGAUCCCCUCUAUAAACUGGAGACACUGAGGUUAAACGAUUGAGUCAGUGAAGGAAUGGCUUCAGCUCAAUGUCCUUGGUUGUGGGAGUGCGCUGCAGUUAAAUGCAUCUGGGACAGUUCCAAAAUUAAUUUCAAAGUGCAUGAAUAUAAAUAUUCAAUGCUUCUAAAUCGACAAUGAUAGCUCCUUGAAUCAAUCAGCCCUGGCGAAGUGGUGCUAGGAAAAUAACCUCAACAAACACAUCACUGGGGGCACACUGCCUGUCCUCCAGGACAUCUACAGCACCCGGUGCCACAGGAACACCAAGAAGAUCCUCAAGGACCUCAGCCACCCGAGCCACGGCCUGUUCACCUCGCUGCCAUGUAGAAGGCGGAGACAGUACAGGUGCAUCAGUUGGUAGAGCAUGGUGUUUGCAACGCCAGGGUUGUGGGUUCGAUUCCCACGGGGGACCAGUACGGGGGAAAAAUGUAUGCAUUCACUACUGUAAGUCGCUCUGGAUAAGAGUGUCUGCUAAAUGACUAAAAUGUAAAGCCGGGACAGAGAGACUGAAAAACGGCUUUUAUCUCCAGGCCAUCAGACUGUUAAUUAGGGGGGAGGGUGGGUGGUUGGAUGGGUGUGGCUAGAGAAAUGGGAUGAGAGGUUGAGACCCACUUUUUGUUUUCUUGUUUGAAUAUUGUAACGGUGUUCUGUUUAUGUUGCUUGUUAGUGGAGUGUGUUCUGUUAGCUUAGUAAAAGCCCUCCUUUAUAAUGACAUGUUAUAUCCAUCAUGUCUAUACAUAUUGACUGUAGUUCAGUGUUACUAUAGUCAGCUUCUUUAACUCAACAACCUUAUAGUCUUCCUAGUAACCUCUACAUCUUACCAAACUUUACUUCAGUGUAUUAGAUGUCUCAGGAUUGUCGUGUGUUGUACACUGCUUUGAUUUUUAUUGUAGCACCUUGGCUUUUUGAAAAUGUAGCAUUUCUUACAUUCUGUGACCCUGUGUGUUAAUCUAUGGUAAACUGUAUUUCAUCUUCAUAUGAAGUAAAGCUGUUAUUCAUGUGUCUGUGAUUAAUUGAAUUACAGCUAUGAAUGUUCAUACAGUAAUAAAUAAGUCUACCUGUGUGGACUCAAGGCC